AUGGUGCUCGCACAGACAACUAGCCAAAAAGGCGGCCAUAUCUUUUUCAAUCAGCUCUUACACCAACUGAAGGAAGCUUCCAAAUCUGGUUCAUGGGCGCUUACCGAGAAUAUUGGAGGGGACAAAAGCACGUUGACCAAAGAUUCGCCAGGCUUGAAGAACAAGCGACACGUGUGGCUCAAUUGUGAGCGAAUUUUGGAGGAUAUUGAGAUCCGACAUGCGACUGCCCGACAGCAAGCUGGUUCUAUUUGGACUGAUCUGCGAAGCUUGACCUCUCGCAAAGCCACGUCUGUCUCACGACCAUUUGAACACAGGCCAGAUGUUACCUCGGACGCGUAUCUUAUUCCGGACCUGGACAAGAAGGGUCAACUCAGAGAGAUCAUUGCUCACUUCGCACGUGAUGGUCACAUCGUCGGUGUCGAAUUCCAACUAGCACAUGAAGGUUCAGGGCGCCUCUUCGGAAAUCGCAGCGACAUAGUUGAUCUGAUUUCCUUUAAUUCAAAUACGCCUAUCAUCGCAGUGAUGAUGUCUUUUGGCUCACUCCAGCGGAACCAAGACAAAUCUGCAAUGUUCGGCCUAGGAAUAGUGGUGGAAAAUCGCCCCUCGGAGCCCGCAUAUACCAUAGGCGCAUGGAAUGGCCCAGACGUGAUACAAAUUUUGCGCGCCGAGUCCGGCAUGGAAGUUAUAGGGAUCACGGGAGAGUUCAAUGUCAGUCCACCCAAAAGCUCUUGGUCGUUAUGGUGUCAUACUAAUCAUUCGAUACAGGCUGAAACAAUUACAACAUUUGGAAUCAUCACCGCAAACAAAACGCUCACACCGGUCAACCGCGUACAGCGAUCUGCCAUGGACCUUCAGACUAACACUCGAUGGGUCGGUCGUCAUCCGCCUCUAGACUGGCCCCUCGAGCAGUACUCGCUCUCGGCACGAGACGGCGAUCCAUCGUGCGUGGAUUUUGACAAUUUGGGUCUGGACCCUCCGGUGUUCGACGCGCCUGUAUACUUCCUCAACUUGUCCGAAAGGCGCGUAAAUUCCAUCGAAGCGUUUGGAACACCAGAUGCACCGGACCCUAGUGGUCGAGGAUUCAAGGGUUUCACUUUCACCUUCGCGGAUGGGUCAACGGAGACUGUGGGUCAAACGCCCCCUGACAUGAAAGCCAGCGUCAUCAAAAUGCAAGAGAACGAGAAAAUCACAGACCUGAAGCUCCACUUUGCCCUCCUGGUCGACAUGUUGCAUAGUCCGACCAAGUUAUGUGGUGUCCAAGUAAGUAGCUUCACUGCAGCAGUUACCCCCUUGACUUGA